AUAAUAAUAAAAUAAAAUAUUCAUUAAAGAAAAAAAAAUGAACAGAACAUGUGUAAUGAUUUCCAAUUCCAAAAAAACCUGUGAAUUAUUAUCAGUGGUGUAUUGCAAGAGGACCUUUUGCAAGCCUAUAAUACUUUAACCGCUCCAAAAAUUGUAAAAGGAUCGAUCCAAUGCUGGAAACAUGCAACAAAAUAUGGUGGAAUCUAUGCAAAGAUCUUCUGCUAUCAGCAGUUGACUGGUGGCUGUGGUAGGGUAGUCUAAGAAAGAAAGAAGAAAAAAAAAAGCCCUUUAGUUUAGUGUAUGGUUUCAUUCACAUGGGACCCCUGAACUCUCGUUGAUCUCUUUAAAACAGGAAUUGAGGUCCCACAUAUACCCUACCAAACCCAAACAACAGAACACCCCCCUCUAAUAUUGACAAAGUUCUAAUAAAUGCGUGAAAGCCCCUAAAAAGAUAAUGAGUAAUGUGAAAGUGAAGAAAUUGUGAAGGGAUGCCUCCUUUUUCAUGAUUGACUUAGGCUUGAUGCAGUUUAGAAGAACUAAGAAUAUCUUAUUUUAUGUCUCGGUCAUGAGUCAUAAGACUCAUAACUCGUAAGUAAAGCCUUUCCCUUAGGAUCCUUUCCACCAUUGCACCAAAUUUAACCAACUAAAACCACAAAUAAAUAAACAAAAACCUGCCACAUGAAUCCAAUAAAACCCACCUACCCUCAACUGCCGUUGCCUUCACGAGUGCUUCAUUUGUGACCCAUUUUUCUCUUAACCCUUCACCCCAUCCCCAUGCAUGAGUCCUUGAGUCCCCAUUACUCCCUUAGAUAUAGGCAUUUUCCCUUUGACUUCAAUUGCACCCCUCAACCUCAUCCCACAAUGCAUGACAAAUACAUUUAUUUACUAGAGCCAGCAACAACAAGCACCCCUAAUUUAUUAUUCUCUUCAUUUUCACGUAAACAUUUCCACAUCAAGUUGCAAAGAAACCACACCAAGUAGAAGAACAAAACAAGAUUUUUAUUCAACAUUUCACAAACCGGAUCUUGACUGUUUUGUUGGGUCCCCUCCUCCCAAAAUCUCAUUUUAAGUUCAAAGUUCAAACCUUUUCCGCAAAAAUAAUAAACCCUUUUCCCCAUUCAAGCAAACCACACUGACUUCACUUUCAUUACUUCAUCCCCCUCAAAUGCCGACUCAAACCGAGUCACCCAGCAACUCACUGAGUCAACUCGCUGAGAACAUGUUCUCCGACAACAACCGCAACAUCAUGCUCGCAGCAAUUAUUUUCUUGCUCCUAGUUAUCCUCUUCGUCCUCCUACUCCAUGUGUACGCCAAAUGGUUCUUAUUCCAGGUACAAUCACGUUCCCAGACUCGGCGGCGGCGAACUCCGGUGACCGUCUCCGGCGUUCUGGAACCUUCCCAUUUCCACAGCAUCAACAUAGAAGCCUCACCCACGUGCUCCAAAGGCCUUGAUUCGGCCACACUUUCGGCGAUUCCCUUGUUUGUGCAAGGACCAGAGAAAACAGAGGAAACGGAGGAAUUGGAAUGUGUCAUUUGCUUGAGCGUUAUUGAGGAGGGUGAGAUAGGAAGGAGAUUGCCGAAGUGUGGCCACGCUUUUCACAUGGAGUGCAUUGAUAUGUGGUUGAGUUUACAUUGCAAUUGUCCAAUUUGUAGAGCUCCUAUUGUUGUUAGUGGCGAUUCUCAUUUGGGUUCUGUUGAUGGUGAUAGUGAUGGUGUGGUUGAGAUUGGGGUUGUUACACCGGGUUAUGAGAUUAGUGGGAGUGAACAUGGUGGGGUUAGUGGUUCUGUUCCUGAAGCUUCUUCAUCUUUGUUGGGUUUCUCUCUGAAGAGAUUGCUGAGUAAGGUUUUUCUGUCACCUGAUCAUGUAACUGAAUUAGAUGGUUCACAUUGAUAUGUGAACUUUUCUCAAAUGUUUACAUUUACACACUUUUUUUUGGUUGGCUAUGAUAUGUUUCUUCUAUAUGUGAAAUUGUUUGGUUUCUUUUGGAGAUGUCUAGUUUCUUUCUUUUUGUUUUCCUUUCAAAUCACUGGGAGAGUUAAAUUAUACUCCCAAAUUCAUAGAAAAAUAUGCAAGAGCAAGUUUCAUUGGUC